GGGAGGGGCAGGAAGGGCGGGGUAGCCCCGCCCUCACCCAGCCCCGCGGAGGGCAGCGCUUCCCCUUCGAAGUCGGCGUGAGCCGCGGUCGCCUGAAGUUGCCCGGAGCUCGGGAGUUCGGAGCGGAGGCGCCGGCAGCCCACACCUCGCUGAACACUUCCUGGAGAUCGCUCCGACCGGGAUGGGCGGCAGGACCUGGCUGCCGUUCCCAGUGCUCUUCCUGGCCGCUCUGCCCCCAGCGCUGCUGCGGGGGGCGGCCGGCUUCAAGCCCUCCUUGGACAGCGACUUCACCUUCACGCUCCCGGCCGGCCAGAAGGAGUGCUUCUACCAGCCCAUGCCCCUGAAGGCCUCGCUGGAGAUCGAGUACCAGGUUUUAGAUGGAGCAGGAUUAGAUAUUGAUUUCCAUCUUACCUCUCCAGAGGGCAGAACCUUAGUUUUUGAGCAAAGAAAAUCAGAUGGUGUUCACACUGUGGAGACUGAAGUUGGUGACUACAUGUUCUGCUUUGAUAAUACAUUCAGCACCAUUUCUGAGAAGGUAAUUUUUUUUGAACUGAUCCUGGAUAACAUGGGAGAAGAAGCUCAGGAACAAGAAGACUGGAAAAGAUAUAUUCCUGACACGGAUGUGCUGGAGAUGAAGCUGGAGGAUAUCCUGGAGUCCAUCAACAGCAUCAAGUCCAGACUGAGCAAAAGUGGCCAAAUACAAACUCUGCUUAGAGCAUUUGAAGCUCGUGAUCGAAACAUACAAGAAAGCAACUUUGACAGAGUCAACUUCUGGUCCGUGGUGAAUUUGACGGUCAUGGUGGUAGUGUCAGGUAUUCAGGUUUAUAUGCUGAAAAGUCUGUUUGAAGAUAAGAGGAAAAGUAGAACUUAAAACUGCAACAUAGAUUACUUAACAUUGGGAAAAAAAGAGGUAGAAAAUUCUAAUACACUGUUACAGUCAAGAUCAUUAGUAGUCCUUCCCCUAACAUUUUCAGAAAUUACAUAUAAGAUAUGUAAAAUAUACUAUGGAAAAUCAUUGUAUAUCCAGAUAACUUUAUUGACCCAGUUAUACACUUAAAUGUAUAUAACAGGUUAUCAUAUAUAAUUUAGAUUUGAUUGGAGCAAUUAGCAUUUUUUUUAGGUUUAAAAAUCUCUCCCAAAUAUGUAUAAAUUAAAUAAAUGAACAGUAACCAUAAGCACACCACCAGUUUGCUUUUACACAGAAAUUUCUCUGUAAAUUGGCUGGUACAAAAUAAUUUAUAAAGUUUGCAAAUCAUUUGAGUAUUAUAUAAUUAUGGACUGAAUAAGUCAGCUUUCCUCUAUUACAUCUUUCCAAAAAAAGUAAAUAUAUGUAUACCACUGAAAUAAUAUUUUUAAAUUUUUUUCUUUUGUUUUUUGUUGUUUUUUUUUCAAGACAGAGUUUCUUUAUGUUGCCCUUGUCCUGGAACUAGCUCUAUAGACCAGGUCGGCCUCAAACACUGAGAUCCACCUUCCUCCGCCUUCUGAACACUGGGAUUAAAGGCAUGUGCCACUACUGCCUGGCUAUUUUUAAGAAUUUUAUAACCAAAUACAAUGUGAAACAUUAUAGAAAACUAUUAGUUUUUGUAAACUUAGUUUACAUUCCCAAAAACUAACAUUUUGAUAAUUAAAUUGGAAAGGCAUUCUUUCCUCAAAAAUUAGGCAAUGUCUUUCUCAUUGAAAUGACAUCAUAAAGGUUUUCUUAUGUGAUGAUAUAAAUAGGGUAUUGAUGUUUAUGAGUAGGACACAUUCUGUCUAGACAUUAGCUAAAGUAAAAUGAGAUAAAAUGAAUGUAUUUUAUACUUCCCAUCAAAACUGUAGUACUGGUUUCUGCACAGCUGUUGGUUUGUUGUUGUUUUCCAGACAGGGUUUCUCUGUGUAGCCCUGUCUGUCCUCAAACUCACUUUGUAGACCAGGCUGCCCUCAAAUUCACAGAGAUUCACCUGCCUCUACCUCCCGACUUCUGCCUUUCAAGUGCUGGGAUUAAAGGUGUUACAUGGCCAAUAGCCAUUGGUUUAGAUAAUACACUGUCACCAGCAGGUGUGAGGGACACACUGCUGAAUAGAUCUGACCUUAUGUAAAUAAAUAGCUCCUAAGUUCUCAAAAUCACCAGAAUGAGGGAAAAAUUAGGUAAACUUGAGAAUACCAAAUAUAAAAGUUCACCUAAGUAGAACCAUAAUAUCUAGAAUCAAAUGGGCUCACCUUGCUAUCCCAAUUCUAAUAGAAAAGGGUAAUUUGAAGUUCACUGGUAGAAAUUAUUUUUGUCAUAGUUUUUAUUUUCUAAUUACUGUUUUCAAUUAUAAAUGUUCAGGUAGAUUUUAUAAAAUGUACAUCCUACCAUAAGAUUUAGUACUGUGGUUAUACAUAUUUAUUAUAGGUUUUAUUAUAAUUCUCACAAAAUUACCUAUGGUCACUUACGAAUUGAAGGAUUAAAACAAUCCCAAAUUAUAAACAGCUAAUGUGAAUAUAAAAGCCAAUACACACAAAAACAGUUUUUCUAGCUUAUUAGUCUGUGGUACAGUCUUAUUCAAGUACUAGUAAUUUAACUUCAUCAUGAAACAAUUAAAUUACACAAAUUUUUAGUGUUAUGAUAAAUCUAUUGUUAAUUAGAAAUAAUGAACAAUCAAAUCUGGGUAUUGUGCCCAUUUUAUAUGUUAUAUAUUGCUAUAACUCUUACUGAGCAAUAAUGAUCUUCCACUACCCUGCUAUCUCUCACACACACACACACACACACACACACACACACACACAAAACAUAUGGUAGGUACUCAGAGAAAUACUUCAUUUACAGUUUAUAUUCAGAAUAGUACAGAGAUAAUACUGUAUUUUUUCCUUCUUGGGAGAAGACUAGACAUUUAUUUCUCCCUAUUCAGAGGCUUUUCAAAACAUGAGAUAAAUGCCAUAUAUGAUCAGUAACUGGCCAAGAAAAUGCUCCAGUAUCGUAAGCAAAACUCCUACAGCACAUACAGAACAAAGUGAGAUCACCACCUAAAAAAGCCUUUUUCCACUUUCAAGUGGAAGGGAAGCAAUCUAUAACUGAUAAGCAGACUACACUUGAGUCUACUGUGUCUUUUCUGUAAGACUGUGAUUUAAGAAUUCUACCUCUUAGAUACAGCUGAUACUGUACUGUACCUAACACUGUACUUGUUACUAACAUCAUCUUGUAUGUAUAUAAUUUGUGCCACUGAUUUUUAAAUCUAUAAUUCAGUUACUUCCUGACAUUUAAAAUGGUAAUAGUAUCUUUAUUGAAAAAAAUAACUUACAAAUGUUAAAGGUUUUAUUUUUAUAAAAAUAAAAAGAUAUAAGAACCAUGUUGCUUGUAUUAAUCAUAAAAAGAAAAAUAAGCAAAAACCAAAAUGUUUAUUUUUAAAUGUAUAUUAUCUGCUUCAUGAGUCUUUUAAUGUUACUUUCUCAAUUAUACUAAAAUCAAAUAAGCCAUCACUUGAUCUGACUUUUACCUUGUUAACUGUAUACACUACUACAGUAGUUUAACAGAAGUGUGGAGAUGACCAUUCUGAAUUACAUUUGGAUCAUGUGCUCUUUUAUCAGGUCAAUAAACAAAAGGUAAAUAAG